UGAAAGGGAAUAGUGGGACUUAACAUUAACGUGUUCUGUCACGCCGACAGGGCAACGGUACUUUUGCUCAGACGCUUUCAAACCCUGCCACGUGGCUAAAACGUACUGGGCAAGCACUCUGGAGCUAGGGAACGACCCCAAACCCGCAGGCGAUCGAAGAGCCAACCCUAUCUGAGAGCCCGCUUCAGUCUUCAGUCUCCGAUUCUCCGAUCCAAUACGGUCUCUCUGCGGUUGAAAAGCCCUCCAAUUCUGACUGAUAGCCCAACCACGUCGCUCCACGUGGCCGGAUCGCCAAAAUGCUCUGCUCGGUCCCGCCAGUCGGAAAGUCUGGGUCGAACUGGCUCGACCGGCUCCGGUCCAACCGAGGCUUCCCGACCACCUCCGACGACAACGACAAUAGCGACAAUCUCGGACUCGACCACUUUCUCCGCAACCAAAACCCUAGCGAAUCGACCCGAUCGAACUCCGGGUCGACUCAGUCCGACAACGAACGGGUCGCUAAUCGGACCCAUGAAAAGGGACAUCAACCACAACGAAAAUUGUAUAAUCUCAUGAGCAAUGUUCUCUCGGAGCUGUUCUUCAUGGACGGUGAUAAUGGUAACAUCCAAAGCUCCAAACUUUCCGGGAAAAAGUUACCCAGGAAACAAACAGCCCCCAAGUCGCUAACCACCUCAACAACAAACAAUAACACUCAUCUCCAACGAGAAGAAGAAGAAAAAAGUCCCGCAUGUACGCCAAAAGACGAGAAUGCCCCGGCAACGGCGUCGUUUGGUUCCGAUAACAGAUUGGCGAAAGUGAAAGAAGGGAAUGUGGAAGCGGAGGAGGAGGAGACGGAGGAGAGAGAGCUGGUGGGGUAUUCGGCGAGUGAGGUGACGGUGAUCGAUACGAGUUUUGGGGUGUGGAAGAGCGAGAAGGUGGUCUUUAGGAGGAAGAACGUGUGGAAAGUUAGGGAGAAGAGAAGGAAAGUGAGGAGCUUUGGGAGGAAGAAGAGGAAAGGGAGUGGUGGGUGUGAUGUUGAUGAUGGUGAUGAUGAAAACGUUGGUGAGUUGAUGAAGAAAGCAAAGGUUUCGGGGUCGGAGUCCGUGGCAGGUUCAAAUCGAGGACAGAAUCCCCAAAAUGACAUACGGGAAGAAGUUUGUAAAGACACUCCAGAUGAUCUUACCCAAGUUCCUAAAAAGAGGUUUCCUUUUUCCAGAUCACCCAGAAAAUCAGGAAAGGGAGGCUCAUCUGUUAUCCUUAUUAAAGGCAUGCUUUCAAGCAAGAAACAUGGAGAAAAGCUUCUCAAAAAAUGCCACCAGGACGCUCGGAGAUAAUUUCAUGAACACAGCUAACCGUCUUGAAUACAACCUCCUAUAAAAUGAGUCUCUCUGCAGUGGCAUCAGCAGUCUUCUAUCAGCAUUUGGUUCUCCUUGCGACUACUUUUCUCUCUGGAAGAAGUAAGGAGUUUGGGGGUUAAUUCACACCUGGACUUCAAACUUCUAGUCUUUAUACAAUUGGUUUAACCAAUCAACAUGGUGUGAAUAUUUUCUAUUCCUUUCAAAAUGAAAAUAUCAUUUUUAUUUUCAUGUUUCUUGUGUACCUCCAAAUUCUGUAUGUGUUUAUGGGUGAGCAUCAGUGUCACCAGUCUUUCUAAAGUGCUACUCACCUCGACCUCAUAUGAGGAACUAGAAAAUUGGAUGAAAUCGAAGGUUAUUAUUUAAAUAUUCUUGUAUAUUGUAGAGGUUUGUUGAUUUGCUUUUAUCCAUGGGGGCAUAAAUCAGAUGGCACGUCCAUUAUUUCCUUUG